UUAUAACGCUUGGGAGGAGAGGGCGGGGUGUCGUUCCCUUUCGCUGAUGCAAGAGCCUGGUGCGGUGGUGGUAGAAGUGUCGGCAGGAGCAGCGCUGAAGCCGGGGCCUGGGGCUGACCCGUCAGACUUUCCGUCCGUGCCGAGCCCACUCGAGCCGCAGCCAUGUCCGGGGACGAGAUGAUUUUUGAUCCUACUAUGAGCAAGAAGAAAAAGAAGAAGAAGAAGCCUUUUAUGUUAGAUGAGGAAGGGGAUGCCCAGACAGAAGAAACCCAGCCCUCAGAAACAAAAGAAGUGGAGCCAGAGCCAACUGAGGACAAAGAUGUAGAAGCUGAUGAAGAAGACAGUAGGAAAAAAGAUGCUUCUGAUGAUCUAGAUGAUUUGAAUUUCUUUAAUCAGAAGAAAAAGAAGAAAAAAUCAAAAAAGAUAUUUGAUAUUGAUGAAGCUGAAGAAGGUAUAAAGGACCUUAAGAUUGAAAGUGAUGUUCAGGAAGCAGCUGAACCAGAGGAAGAUCUUGACAUUAUGCUUGGCAAUAAAAAGAAGAAAAAGAAGGUUGUCAAGUUCCCUGAUGAAGAUGAAAUACUAGAGAAAGAUGAAGCUUUAGAAGAUGAAGACAGCAAAAAAGAUGAUGGUAUUUCAUUCAGUAACCAGACAGGCCCUGCUUGGGCAGGCUCAGAAAGAGACUACACAUAUGAAGAGCUACUGAAUCGAGUGUUCAACAUCAUGAGGGAAAAGAAUCCAGAUAUGGUAGCUGGAGAGAAAAGGAAAUUUGUCAUGAAACCACCACAGGUCGUCCGAGUAGGAACCAAGAAAACUUCUUUUGUCAACUUUACAGAUAUCUGUAAACUAUUACAUCGUCAGCCUAAACAUCUCCUUGCAUUUUUAUUGGCUGAAUUGGGUACAAGUGGUUCUAUAGAUGGUAAUAAUCAACUUGUAAUUAAAGGAAGAUUCCAACAGAAACAGAUAGAAAAUGUUUUGAGAAGAUAUAUCAAGGAAUACGUCACCUGUCACACGUGCCGAUCACCAGACACAAUCCUGCAAAAGGACACCCGACUCUAUUUCUUACAGUGCGAAACUUGUCAUUCUCGAUGCUCUGUUGCCAGCAUCAAAACUGGCUUCCAGGCUGUCACGGGCAAGCGAGCACAGCUCCGUGCCAAAGCUAACUAAUUUGCUAAUCACCACUGAUUUUGCAAAGUGUGUUUUGGAGAUUUGGCUGGACAGGUUUACCAUCAGAGUGGAUAUACCACUAUUAAAAACAAGAUAGAAAAGCUGCCAGGUUCUUUGGCGUGUGGCUGGUUGGUCUGAAAUUCUUGCAAGAUGCCAUUGCUGAAGCUGUUGACAUACUCAUUGCCUACUUUAACAACUGUCAGAGAAACAUGAUGGGGUAAGGCGGUGCUUUUUUAAAAUCGUUCAUAGACUUCUGUAAAAUGCAAGAUAAAUUAAAGUUAUUAUAACAGUGA